CGUUAUAAUGGUAUUCACUCUUAUUUUUCAGUUCCUACGAACUAAACACAUAAACUAUGUCCAAAUCAUCUAACCUAAUUUUUUUUAUUUCUUUCUAAAGUAAUUGAUUAUUACUAUUUCCAACUUUUGAGAAACUGGUCAAAACUCCCCUUGAACUAAGCCAUGUUGGUAGUAUUUUGUGUGGUUAUGGUAGAAAUUUAGGAAGAAGGUGCAAGUAGGCAAUGGAAAGAGUAGAAAGAGUCAUCACCACAAAAAUGAUGGAAUAGGGUGGAACACAAAAAGAAUAGAAUGUAAAUGAGAACCACUACAUUAGGCAACUAUCAUUAUUGGAAAUAAAUAAAUAAGCAUUUAUCUCAAUCGACCUUGCCACCUUGGCUUUCUCAAUGUAAAUCUUACAAAGGAUUUAAUUCAGAUGGGGAUUGGAGUGUCCCUUUGAUCAACAUGAAAUUAAUUUCUUGUGAUUUCCCAUAUGGAUAUAUAUUUGCUUCUUUCUAUUGGUAUUUCAUUUUUUUGGGAAAAUAAUAAUUAAUUGUUAUUGGAUUGUUUAGGGUGUGAAAGGGAAAUGGAAUGGGGAGGCUUUAAUUACCUUUCCUUUUCAAGCAUGAUUCUGUUGAGCUGUAGAGUAUCUAUUUGUCACUCUUCUUGUUGUUGGGCCGUCAGAGCACUUUACUUUUCAUUUCUUCUAUUUCCAUCAUACCUAUAUAUUAGUUUUUUGUGAGUAUUAUUAUUAUUAGUUUUUUUUUAUUUGUAUGAUAUAUUAUCUCUUACAGCCUUAUCUCUCCGUCAUUGGCCUCAGUUUACGGUUUUGUUUGGCUACUUGAGGAAUAUAGAUUCCCCCUACCCACUUGUUCUUGGAAAAAAUCCAUGAAUAUGUUAGUUAUUAAAUUUUUUUGGGCAAAUACAAUAUAUUAUCCACAACUAUUAACAAACGGGAAAUUAUAUCCAUAACUAUCGAAAUACAAAAUAAUAGCCAACUGUUAAGUCUCCGUUAACACUUCCGUUAGAUGAUGGUGAAUUUGCAGAUGCUAUGCUGACGUGGCAGUCAACACAAAUGCCACAUAAGCAGGUCAACCUUCACAUCUCUCCCGUCUCCCACUUCCUUCACUCUUUCCCCAUCAGUCAUGGAAGAACCAACCUCCACCACCUCCUCCCUUCCGCCCGCCGUCGCCGCCACCGACAAGGAAGGAAAAUCCGCCGAAUUCCACCCAUUUUCCAUCUCAACCCCACAAAUCCGAGCCUUCCACCUCGCAUGGCUAUCCCUCUUCUCCAACUUCGUCUCCACCUUCUCCAUCCCCCCUCUCAUCCCCUUAAUCCGCGCCGACCUCGCUCUCUCCCCAUCCGACGUCUCCGCCGCCGCCACCGCCUCCUUCGCCGGCUCCAUCCUCUCCCGCUUCGCCAUGGGGCCCUUAUCCCACCUCCUCGGCCCCGCCACCGCUUCCGCCGCUCUCUCCUUCCUCACCGCCCCCGCCGUCCUCUUCGCCGCCUUCGUCUCCUCCCCGGCCUCCUUCCUCGUCGUCCUCUCCCUCGUCGUCCGGCUCCUCGUCGGCCUCUCCCUCGGCAACUUCGUCGCCAAUCAGUACUGGAUGACCUCCAUCUUCUCUCCCUCCGUCGUCGGCCUCGCCAACGGCGUCUCCGCCGGCUGGGCCAACACCGGCGGCGCCGCCGCCCAAUUCCUUAUGCCCCAAAUCCACUCCCUCCUCUCAAUGAAACUCUCCUCCUCCGCCGCGUGGCGGCUCUCCUUCUUAGUCCCCGGGGGCGAGCGUCUCUCCACCCUGCAAAUGAAUGGGAUGGCGAAGGAGAUGGAUGGGAUGGCGAAGGAGAAGGCGGCGUCGGUGGCUUCUAAGAGGUUCGUUCCAGGGCGGCGGAUUGGAAAAUAAUAGGGUCUUCAAUUAAACUCACUGAACAAAUGAAGAGCAGUGGAGAACCCAAUUACCGAAUCCCCAUCGAUGGAUCCUCAUCAAUUUCGCCAUUGUUGCUUCACGAGGAGCAGGAAUCGCAGUUCGGUGAUGGUGGUCACACCAGAAUCAGGGCUUCCUUCACUGGUUCAGUCUUCACUCUUUCCACGACGAUUAUCGGAGCUGGAAUCAUGGCAUUGCCAGCCACCAUGAAAAUCUUGGGCCUGGGGCUCGGAAUCGCGCUCAUAGUGUUCGUCGCGGUUCUCACAGAGCGGUCGCUGGAAAUGCUGCUGAGAUACAGCAAGGCCGGGAAAAUUCUUUCCAGCGGAGGGGAUUGGGAAAAAAUAGGUUUUCUCUUU